AGCCCCCUCUCUCCUCCCCUUCCCAAUGCUGCAUCAGCCCUCUGUCCUACUCUUUUCUCCCCUGGGGACACACUCAGCCCUCAGACCAGCAGAGAUCAAGGCUGCUCCGCUCAGGCUGGCGUGGGACACGUGGUUGGAGAGGAGACAUGCCUUGUGUCCAAGGAGAGUCCGAUGAACACCCGAAACAGGGAAUUCAGUCCUGGGUCCCCUGAGGUUUGGACCGUCCGUGACUUAGCCUAGUGGUUUGUGACACCAGUUUGAGGUGCAGGGAAGGAAAUGCCUAUUGGCCUCCCUGAAAUCUGAACCAGUUGGAGCUGGGCAGAUGCAACUGGUCCCAAGGUCACAGCCUGGCUACAGGCGGAGGGAGUGGGAACUUGGCCAGAGCCUCAGGGGUACCUGACAUGUCACUGCUGGCCAGAGGACCGAGCAUUCCCCGAAGCCCGCGCACUGCCCAUCCCACCAAAUGAGGGUCUUUGAAACCCAGGGGCUGUGAGCUCUUCAGGGCAGCCCAGUCUCCACCCUUCCCCCCUGCACCCCCCUCCCCCGGCCUGGGACGGGCUCUGCAGAGCUGACUCAGGGUCCUGACCAGUUAGUCACGUUCACUUAUAGCUGUAGACUCAGAGUCCAGGGAUGGAAACCUGGUCUCCAGGCCCCCCCACCCCCCUGCGCACAGCACACUGAGUCACCUGGCAGAGGCCCCCAGGCCCAGCACUGCCACCCCCAACAGGGACGCUCCUGCGCCCCAACCUGGGAGGGACACUGCCUGUGGCUGAGGGCCCUACGUAAACUACAUGUGAAUUGAUUCCUAAACAUCGCACGUGCUAAAGUGUGCGUGAAAUUUAUUUUUUAAAUUUGAAGAAUUAUCAUAUAAUGAACACUUGUGUAACCGCCACCAAGGACAGGAAAUGAGACCUCAUUAGUCUCCUGAAACUUCACGCACAGGUCACCACCGUCUGCUGCCCUGUGCUCUCACCCCCUGGAGAUUCCCCAGAGGAAGGCAGCCUGCUGUCAUCGCCGAGUUCCCCUGGGGGGUAACACCACCUCCACACUACGUGCGAACACACGCCACAGUGACGGGUGCCUUCUGCUGAAGGACUGAGGUUGUCCUCACGUUUGGGGCAUGAAGCAGAACACUGCAGAGGGUGUUUCGGGCGUGUCCCCUGCGGCACACGUGUGGGUCGCAUGCGUUCAGUUCUGCUAGAUGCCAUCUUGCUUCCCAAAAGGAGGCUCCCAUCUACCCUGCCAGCGGCACCGGAGCGCUCAUUGCCUGCCCCCUCCCCGGCAUGUGGUGUUUCCGGCUUAUUAGUGUUUUCUUGAGUGAAUGAAUCAACAACUAGAAAUUUGUACCUGCCUCGUUUCCUCCACUGCAAACGCCUGAGCCAUGCCCCACUUUGAAGCGUUUCAGAGUGCGGCCACCUGCCAGGGCCUCCUCCACAUCUGCAUUACGACUUGAGCCCACCCCAAGGGCCAGGGGUCCGUCAUCGUGCUGUCUGGAACAGGCAGGGAAGAGGAGGCUCAGAGAGGCGUCACCAGGGGCCUCACAUCCCCUCCUGGGGUCCCGUUGCUGGAACACCUUGCUCAGUCCCACCGUGGCCUCCCACUUCCUCCUUCUCCAGGGCCUUCAGCCUCAGGCCCCAGGGGAUAUGAGGUCAGGCAAAUGUGGGACCCCAGGGGCAGAGCUGGGAGUGCUCCCCAGGGAGGCUAUUUCAGGCUUCUGGGACCCAGCCCCAGGCUGAGGAGCCCUGGGCACAGGUGACCACAGAGGCCAACACACACUGAGGCGGGUUCAUUCUCCAGAUAGAAGCUGUCAUUCCCACUGCCCUGACCCCUGGCACAGGCUCCUGCCAACGUCCCAUCUCCUCAGUCUGUGCUUUCCUCCCAUAAGGGCACCAGCACCCGGCUGCUGGGGUCCAAUCGCAGUGAUGGUGAGUGACAGAUGGUGCAGUGUGCUCCACAAGGCACCCUGGAGAAAGGUCCCUCCCCCAGAGCUAUUCCUGGCCUAGGAGCUCUCCGCCACCCAGCCCCCCCGCCCUGACCUGACCCCACAGCUGGGAAUCGUUUCACUGGGGGUGGGGCCGCCCCUGGUAUAUAAGCCUGGACCUAGGUGUCCCAGGCACCCCGGAGGCCAGACCCUCCACUGCAGACUUCUGCACACUGCAGCCUGACCCCCAACCAGCCCAGCAAUGACAGGAGAAGUCACCGCAGAGGCCCCCGCCGAUGCCCCAGAGGAGAAGGCCUCUGACUUGGCCAAGGGGCCCCCUGAGCCCUUGGAGGAAGUGGCAGCAUCAGGGAGUACCGGGGAAGAGCAGGCUCCCGUGGCGAGCCCUCAGGCCCCUGUCCCCACGGCCACCAAACCUGCACCCCCAAGUGAAGACGUGCCCAGUGCCCCGCUGCUGCUGACUGUGGAGGACGUGAGUGACAGCUCGAUGACCGUGAGCUGGGAACCUCCGGAGAGGCCAGGGAGGCUGGGGUUCCAGGGCUACGUGCUGGAGCUGCUCAGGGAGGGAGCCUUGGAGUGGGUGCCUGUGAACGCCCGGCCCAUGAUGGUGACCCAGCAGACCGUGCGGAACCUGGCUCUGGGAGAUAAGUUCUUCCUGCGUGUGGUUGCCGUGAGCCUGGCAGGGGCCGGCCCACCAGCUGUGCUGGACCAGCCUGUCCACAUCCGAGAGACCACUGAGCCCCCCAAGAUUCGCGUCCCCCGUCACCUGCGUCAGACGUACAUCCGCCAGGUGGGAGAGACGGUCAACCUGCAAAUCCCCUUCCAGGGGAACCCCAAGCCUCAGGCCUCGUGGACCCACAACGGCCACGCCGUGGACAGCCAGCGGGUGAGUGUGCGCACCGGGCAGCAGGAUUCCAUCCUCUUCAUCCGCUCGGCCCAGCGCUCAGACUCAGGCUGCUACGAGCUCACCGUGAAGCUGGAAGACCAGGAGGCCAAGGCCACCAUCCACAUCCUGGUGACAGAGAGGCCUGAGCCCCCGAGCAGCAUCAGGCUGCUGGACGUCUGGGGCUGCAAUGCUGCCCUCCAGUGGACGCCGCCCCAGGACACAGGCAACGCGGAGCUUCUGGGCUACACGGUGCAGAAGGCAGACAGGAAGACGGGGCAAUGGUUCACGGUGCUGGAGCGCUACCAUCCAACAACCUGCACCAUCUCCGACCUCAUUGUGGGCAACUCGUACUCCUUCCGGGUCUUUUCGGAAAACCUGUGUGGACUCUCUGCCUCCGCCGCUGUCACCAAGGAGCUUGCCCACAUCCAGAAGGCAGAAAUUAUUGACAAACCUAAAGGGUUUGUGGAGAGAGACUUCCUAGAAGCCCCCUCGUUCACCCAGCCCCUGGCCGACCACGCCUCCACCCCCGGCUACAGCACUCAGCUCUUCUGUAGUGUCCGGGCGUCACCCAAGCCCAAGAUCAUCUGGAUGAAAAACAAAGUGGCCAUCGAGGGCAACCCCAAGUACCGCGCCCUCUCUGAGCAAGGCGUCUGCACCCUGGAGAUCCGGAAACCCAGCCCUUUUGAUUCUGGUGUUUACACCUGCAAAGCCACCAAUGCGCUGGGGGAGGCGUCUGUGGACUGCCGGCUGGAGGUCAAAGCCUCAGCCACUCACUGAAGAGCAGGUGGAGGAGGCUGUGACAAAGGAAGGGGCUCAUGAAGUGUGUGAUCUGCCAGCUGCUGAGUGCCUGAGAGGUCAGGCGCACCAGGCCCGCCAAGCCCAGGACCAGCUCCAUGGAUGCCCAGACCCCCAUUUCCACACUGACGGCGGUUGGCUCUGCUCCAGGGCACCAGCCUAGCCUCCUCCCGCCGUGACUGGAGCCCUGAACCCAGGAGUGGGCCUGGCAGACCAGCCCAGGCUUCCCGGGCACAAGGGGCCCGGAAGGUGCAGACACUGGAGUGAGAGCCUCUGCAAAGGGUUGCGUGCUGGUGAGAGGCAGUCAAAUAAAGGUGUGCAGUGACAGGGAGCGUCAUGGUGACGGCGUCUCCACGUAGGACGUUGCAGAGGCACCAGUAGGAGGGGACCCGAGGAGUCAUGGGGUUUUUCCAGACACGAGCUUUUUCAGGCUCUUGUUUUCAUGGUCAGAGCUUGCUACCCCACGACGACAGUGACACACCCUUCCCUGGAGGCCUCAGUGCUCCGAAGGCCUCCACAUACCCCUGCCCCACCACUGCUUCCUCUGGGCUGAGGUUGUCUGUCGUCCUCUGGACGUGGAGGUGGGUAGGCAGUGGUGUGCUCGCCACGCGCGUUCACAGUUGUUUAUUAGCCAGGUGGCCUUCCCUGGGAGCCGGGGACAAUGCACGUCUGAGAGGGGGAAGGGCCUGGGAUCAAGGCCUGGAGUCGCUACUCACACUCAGAACCACGGCCCUCACCCUUCUGCACAAAGGGCUCCGGGCUCGGCAGGGGGCGACCCUUCCCCAGGUGCCCCAAAGCCCCUGAAAACCAGGUUGCAUGCCAGGGGUACUGAGGGCAACUGCCAGCAAGACCUUCCUGCCCACAGUCUCAGGGGGACGGCUCUGUCCUGCUCCAGCCUGGCAUCCCUCAUCCCAGGAGGGCCCACAGCCAGCCCGCAUUCUCUGUCCACUUCCUCCUGGGCAGGCAGAAUGCUACCCAAGAGCUGGCAUGUCUCCAUCAGGCCCAGAAGCGGCAGAGAUGGGUGUCACCUAGGAGAGUCCAGGCCCAUCUGCAGAUGCAGCUGGCGCUGGUAGCGUUUGUGGCCCAGAUGACAGGCGGUUGCACUCAGGCUCCUCCUCGGGAUGCUCACUGCUGCCACCCGAUGGCUGCGCGCGGCCACACCUCCACGUUUGCUCUGGGGGCAAAGGCUGGUGCAGAAUGAAGCUCUUUCUGCCUCCCCCAAGUCUAAUCCUGGGCUCCUCAGGACAAGGAGAGCCGGCACCCUGGCAGCCAGCAUGGCUGGGGACGUGGGUUCCUGGCAGGUGGGGACUGAGGCUCCUUCACAGCUGCCCUCAGUGGCUCUGGCCACCUUCUCCGACAGAACAGGAGAGAGAAAAAGGCCAAGAUGCCUGGUCUCUCUUCUUCACUCCAUCCUCUCCUGUCGUUAAGCUUGGUCCCUGGGCUGUACCAGCAACACCUAAGACAAGCGGCUCCCUCCGUGCCCACAGGCCCUUCUCAGUCCGAGUCCCAGGCCCCAGCCAGCCUGAAGCCGGGGCUGCCCUUGGGAUGGUCAGACAGGUGGGGAGGCUCGAGCCACUUUCCUCCUCCCCUCAGGUCACCUGGUCCCCUCCCCAUGGGCUGCCCCCAAAC